AUGUCUCGACAACCAACAUUCUCGAGCAUUAUCCACUUGCGUGAUUUUGUCGAUACCGUUACGGACGAUUCGAUUCGGGACGCUCCGAAUCACGUCGAGAUCCGCGCAGACAUUAACAUUUUCGACGAAGAUGACUUCGAUAGUCCUGAUGUUGUCGCCGAGCCGAUUCGCACCCGCAUCCACGUUUAUAUGACGCGAGGCGAACGAGACCUAUACCUUCCCAACAUCUUUUUUUAUGCCGACGGCCGCUUUUCGACCGUCCUCUCCGCAGACGGAGAUGCGGCCGACUUCGACGAGUACCGCCGCCACUUGCCAGAACAGUGGUGCCCCAUGGUGACCGUCAUCGGCUCGGUCCGCGCUAGUGACGACAGCUGUCCUGAGCCUUCGGGACCCCGACACUUCACCGUCGAAACGUCCGUCUAUGACGCUUCAAAGGCCGCUCCGGUACAGUUCGCUGUGACUUGCUUCUUGGAAAACACCAGGCGCUGGCAGAAGGUCAAAACGCCGCCGUCGGGCGCCUUCCUUAGCGUCACCGCGAAGGUCGCUGGCCGCACUGCUCACACGAAUCGUCUGGCCCUUCGCGUCCUCGAUUUGACGUACCUGCCAAGACCUCCCUCGGCCGCGCCCGCAUCGACUCCAACUCCAACUCGAUCGUCCAAGCGAUCGACUCGCUGGGAGGGCCGGGCGGGCCCGUCUACUCCCUCCAAGAGGCCGCGCGUUUCGGACCCUGCCAACGAACCAGCGAAUCCAUCCGACAGUGAUGCAACCCCCCCAGAAAUAGCCCAGACCGGACACGACCUCCCUCACACAGAGAAUUCCCCAGACUCCGCGUCCGUCCCAGCUCCUCCACCGACCGCCGCUCGUCCUGGCGACUCCCCUCUCAGCCCAGCCCGGCCUCUGACGUCGGAGAGUGGGCCUCGACCGCAUCGCAGCCGCCAUCUUCCGAAGAAAUACGCAGACUUGGAGCAGACCGCGGUGAACCGAACGGAGUCCUAGGAUAUGUAGAUAUUAAAUUUAGCC